GCAAUACGGCUAACGCUGAUAUGUCUAUGCUGAAAUAACUCCAUAGACAAUUAGCAUUUCAGAAAAACCACUAUAGGCCCAGUGAAUAGGGACAUCCUCAGGAUGUGGGAAAAUAUAGUGAUGGAAUAAAAGGAGACGCGUGUUUGAAUUCCGUUGCUGUACGCAUAAAAAUGGAAUGUCUGGUGCAGAGUGGAAGUGCACUGCGGCGUUUAUAAAAGAAGCAUUGAUUUGAAAUGACAGGGAAACCUAGCAGCUGGCUAUACCGGCAUGUAGCCAACCGUUGUAUAAAAAUAGCCAGGCACCAACACGCAUCACAGGUCACGCAUGCAUGACGCUUUCGCUGCCGAAUUCAUGGUCAAUUGUAGGCUAAAUGCGCUAGUUGAGCGAACCGACAGAGUCCGACAUGCUCCGUUUUGGAGGUGCUGUGAAGCGGAAGUUGGCAGGCUCUCUGUAAGGUAGUUUUUGCCUACAAGAUGAUUGGAGAGUGAAAGAUUGUUCUAUAUCGGAUUGUGAUUAUAGCAGACAGGCUAAUGUAGCUUUGGAUAAAUGCACUGCAGAUUCACGAAAGAGCGAAACGGCACCAGUUGUUGGCGGAGGGAAGGAUGAAGGCAGACGAGGAAGCUCCUCCCCCCUCCCCGGGACUGGGCGGUUCGGCUAUCCGUUGUCGGGAAGUGUGUCGGUCGUACGGUGAACUCAAAGUCCUGAAUAAUCUCAACUUGACCGUGCCACAGGGACAGAUCUACGGCCUGCUGGGUCCGAGUGGGUGUGGGAAGACCACACUGUUGAAAUGCAUUGUGGGAACACUGAAGAUCUCCCGAGGGCACAUCAGCGUGUUGGGGAAGCCGCCCGCAUUUCCUGGUCACCAGGUCCCUGGGAGGAUGGUGGGGUACAUGCCACAGGACCUGGCGUUGUACAACGAGUUUACCAUCAGUGACACCCUGACGUUCUUCGGACGGAUCCACGGCCUGUCAUCUAAGGACACCCAGGCACGCAUGGACUUCCUGGUGGACUUCCUGGACCUACCUCAGAAGAGCAAACUAGUCCGAAACCUCAGCGGAGGGCAGAAACGGAGGGUGUCUCUUGGAGCAGCCUUACUUCAGAACCCCCAGUUAUUGAUUUUGGAUGAACCCACAGUCGGGGUGGACCCUGUGCUGAGAGCCAAGAUCUGGCAGCAUCUAGUAGAGAUUGUGAAAACUGGAAAAGUAUCAGUGGUCAUCACCACUCACUACAUCGAGGAGGCCAUGCAAGCCAAUGUGGUGGGUCUGAUGAGGAAUGGCCAACUGUUGGCAGAGGGACAUCCAGAAACCAUGAUGAAACAGCACAAUGCACCGACCCUGGAGAAAGCCUUCCUGCAGCUGUGUGAGACCUCAGACCAGGUGGGCUCCAAACACAGCACCUCCCCUCUGGGCGGGGUACUAGAGAGCAGCCAAUCAUUCGAGAGUGGCCGGGAAGAGAGUCAACCAAUCCUGGGAGCCGGACCGGAACCAGUAGAAGAGCUUCCCAAAUACUCAGCGGACUGGAAGGUACGAGUCAGGCAUGUGAUGCCAAAGUGGAGGAACAUCGCAGCUCUGAUGAUUAAGACCAUGGUGCGGAUGAAGAGAAUGCCCGGGUCCCUGUGUUUCCAGUUCCUGCUGCCAGUCAUCCAGAUCUCUCUCAUGUGUCUGUGUAUCGGAGGAGAUCCCAAAGAAAUACAGGUGGCUGUGGUCAACAAUGAGACCUCCUCCAGCUCCUUCAGCCAAUCCCUGCUCUCCUUCCUGGACAACUCCAGCGUGCAACAGGUGAACCUGUCCCAUGCUGAGGCUUUUGCAGGGGCCUAUAACGGAGAGUACUGGGGCGUCAUCGGGUUUGGAAAGAAUUUUACCAGCUACCUGACCAAGAGGAUGGUCCAGCGCCAGGUCUCUAAGGAGGUAGUGGAUGGAGGGUCAGUGCACGUCUGGUUGGACCUGACCAAUCAACAGAUCGCCAUGAUGCUUCAGAAGAAACUAGCCGAUGCCUUUGAGGACUUCGUCCAGUAUAAGAUGGGGAGCAUGUCUUACCUGGUCUCUCUUCCUGUCAAGUUUGAGGAGCCCAUCUAUGGCAGCAUGGACUCAGACUUCACCACGUUUGUGACACCAGGAGCCGUUCUGAGCAUCACUUUCUACCUGGCAGUGGGCUUGACGGCUCUGUCCUUCGUGAUAGAGAGGAAGGAGGGACUAAUGGACAGGUGCUGGGUUGCAGGUGUUAGUUCGUUGGAGACUGUGCUGGCCCAUCUCAUCUCCCAGCUGUUUGUCAUCAGCAUCCAGGUCAUUCUACUACUGCUCUUAAUGCUGCUCGUCUUCAAGAUCCCUAAUGAGGGGAGCCUGGUGUUGGUUAUAGCUCUGAUCGGGCUGCAGGGUGUGACUGGCAUCUCCUUUGGUCUGGUCAUCUCAUCUGCCAUCGAUGAUGAACAGAAUGCCAACCAGGCUGCCCUGGGUGUCUUCUACCCCAACCUCAUCGUCAGUGGUAUAAUCUGGCCUGUGGAGUGCAUCCCCUAUCCACUACGUUACAUCAGUCUGGCCCUGCCCCAGACCUACGCUUCUGAAGCCCUGCGAUGCAUCAUGUACAGAGGCUGGGGUCUCUCCAGGAUGAUGGUGUGGCGAGGCUUCGCUGUCACCCUGGGCUGGAACACUUUCUUCCUCAUCCUGGCCACCGUCAUCCUCAAGCUGAGGACCUGAGACGUCUACCCGGGGGGGGGGGGGGCAUCCUAGUCUCAGGAUGUCUGUGUCGGGGGACACUGUGCUUUAAGGGAGAAAGUGCUGGUAUUCCAGAGUUCCUCUUGUAGACAGACCCACACCCACACCGACACGCACAAUCACACACCCUCCUCCCCCCUCCUGCUUGUCAACUCAAAGUAGCUAACCCUGAGAACCAGAGUCUAUGGGUGAAGGACUACUAGGUGAGGUGAAUCAUUCCAAAUCUUGCAGGUAGAAAUCUACUUCACAGAAAGGAUAGCGUUCGCUAUUCCAUUUAGAGAGUUGUGGCUGCUCUUUUAUGUUGUCGUCUUUCAAGCUGCAAUGCUUUGAAUGUUUCAGCCGCCUGAAUCUGCCCUGCAGCAAUGUUUCUCAACCCAGUUGUUUUACAUACAGCCCAGCUAGCACAUUUGGUUCCUUUGAAGUUGAAGGAACGUAUGUUUUUGGUUUCACAUUGGUUGUGGGAAGGAAGCCAUAGUUUCCUGACCGGUAAAACUGAAAGUUCUUCAAACAUUCUGAGAAGAGAAGUUCCAAGAACAAGCAAAAUUGUCACGUCUUACUUCUCGGAACUAUUUCAGAACAUUCCCAAUGUCAAACCAGUUGGAGAACAUUACCAAAAUGUAAAUGAAAUGUAGCUAUAUUUGUACUUAUAUGAAACGUUGAAAUACAUAAUGUAAUGAAAUACCAAAAUACGUUGUUUUUUUUGUCAUUAAAUGUGCUGAGAAUGUUCCAGAGCCAAGCAACUAUCCUUCACCAUUCCCAAGAAGUUGUGGGAAGAUUGUAUGCUAAAUAACCAUAGAACAACCACUCUCUCACCAAGUUCUAAGUAACAUAUGGUUCUCAGAACGUUAUGUGCUUGCUGGGAGUAUUGUCUGAUUCACAGGGCCGGGCAAAGCUGUACUGGGCUGGCGUGGUUAUGCGUCCACCAUAGUUGCUGAAAGCAUGUUGGAAAGGAUAACGUGAAGAUAAAAUAUCAGAGCCAGUACGGUUCAGGUCGUUGCUAUAGUGUGAAUCAGACAUCAGUCAAACGGCUGGUGGACCCGGGGAACUGAGGUUGAGAAACACUGCAGAGUAGAAGUACUGAUCUGGGGUCAGGUCCUCCCUGUCCAUAAUAAUAAUGUAUUAUGAUGCAAACGGCUAAACUGAUCCUAGAUCAACACCCUUACUCUGAGACGCUUGAUAAAUAGGGUCCCUGAUCACCGUCAUGUGUUAUCUGGUCCGGAACACACCGUACACAGUACAGGUUAUUAUAGGCCUGAGGCAUGUUUCACUUGGACCAUCUGUUCUGAACAUAACAAUGCAUUGAUUGGAGGUUUAUAUUUAGAAUUGCUGUUGACGUUUUAUGAAUAACCUCUUCUACAGUAUAGGUUGACUGUAUUUACACAAAUGAUAGAGAGAUAUAUUAUACUAUAUAUUUCAUAUUUUUUGAGGGAACUGUGUGUAAAAAAAGGAAAUACAAUUUGAAUGUUUUUGUAUUGUGGUGUUACUGGAUAGAGCUCUUCCUCGCUACUGACGCCUGGGUAAAGAAUGGCCACGACAACAAGGACUGCCGUUUGACGGACGUUUUACUGAAGGAUGUUCUCUGAUGAUGGGAAUUCACGUUCUGGUGUCGACACCGGCUCUGUCCAGGCGCUCGGCCCGGCUCUGUCCAGGCGCUCGGCCCGGCUCUGUCCAGGCGCUCGGCCCGGCUCUGUCCAGGCGCUCGGCCCGGCUCUGUCCAGGCGCUCGGCCCGGCUCUGUCCAGGCGCUCGGCCACAGAACGAUGUCCACGUCCGUGCGAUUAGCAUGCGAGCAAACCUCCCAACUAACUGUGGGAAAACCAAACAACUGGCUAACCUCAUCAUGGCACGCCCACUAACCAAUGAGCGACUAUCAGACGGUGGACAUUAGAACCCACGGGGAGAACAAGGAGCUAUGUCAUCUGCACUACAGUAUGGAUAGACGUGUAUUUUGAUGAACUGAAAUGCUAAACUCAAUGUUUGUCCUCUGCUAUUUCCAGGGGCCUCUGGGUCUGAAUUAAUAAAGCACAGUGGAAGUGCUGAUCUAGGAUCAGUUUUGCCAUUUAGAUCAUAAUGAAUAAGAUUACAUGGACAGGAGGGGACCUGAUCCUAGACCAGCUCACCAACUCUGAGGUUAUUUGUGGAUAUGAGCUCUGGUCUCUGGUCUGUAUUUUGUUCUGUUUUGCUUCCUGUUGCCUGUUUUGACAGGAAGUGGUGACCCUGUCUCUAUUGGUUACCAGGUGAUCUAACCUCGCAGUAUUGGCUUGCUGCUGAAGUAGCCUUGGCUUCUGGUUAUUGGUGGAAUUCUGUAUUGCUGGAGUCUGUUUUGUGCCUGUGCUUGCAGCAUACCCCUUAUAAAAAAAGGCAGUUUGAUUGAUUGUCCUGAUGGUGAUUGCAUGGGGCUUGUCCCGUCGUGGUUGACUGUUCUGUCAGUGAUCGUGUUGAUUUGUUUGUUUAUUGGGAUCCCCGUUAUCUUUUGCAGAAGCAGCAGCUACUCUUCCUGGGGUCCACAAAAAACACAAAACAUGACAAGUAACAAAACACUGAUACACUGAUAGACAAGGACAGUCACACACAUUUAAAAUACAAUAAUAUACAACAACGUGUGUGUGUGUGUGUGUGUGUGUUACCUGAGAAGGUCAUCAGCUUUUAAUUACUUUUGUCUUCCCAUCACCCCCCUGCUGCUGGACAGAGUGGUGGCUGCUGGGUAAAACCCUUGGACAUGUACAAUAGCAAAGAGUAUCCAGUCAGUUCUGUUUCAAUACCAUCUCUCCAGCAUGUCCAUUCAUUGGGUUUUAUUACUGCUGGUACUAUAAUGUAUUAUUCCAUAUGUGAAAACAAAGUGUCCAACAACAGAUAUUGAAGUCUCUUAACUUCCCUGGACGGGAUCAAUCAAUUUCUCUGAUCCAAUGGGAGCUCUCUAUAUAUUUCAGAGUUUCUAUUGGGUUGUGGGUAUGAUUGACAGCUGCUCAUGGUAUUCUGGGGGUUCUGAGAUUUCAUAUCUUGUAUUUCUAGUGUCCAUCCUCCAAGUCGUGCCAUUGACCACUAUUACUGAAUGAGAAAUAUGUUUACACGCAUUGAACCGACAAAGUGCUGAUGACUUGAACCGACAAAGGCUGAAAAUAGCUCACGGCAGAAGGAGCUAGUUCACGUCACUCUGUUGUUUAUAAAUAUUAUUAUAGAGAAGUUACCAUGUUAAGUUAUGAAGUUAAAGCAUCUACACCAGCAUGUGUGUUACUGUAUGAACCAGAAUUGAUUGAUGUUUUCUGCAGAAUUGUGAAUUUUAGACCGUAAGGCAACUUAUCAAGGUGACUGCAGAAGUUACAUUUACUGUGCUUCCCAAAUGGCACCCUAUUCCCUACAUAGUGCACUAUUUUUUUGACCAAACCCCUAUGGGCUCUGGUCAAAAGUAGUGCACUGUAUAGGGAAUAGGGUGUCAUUUGUGGUGCGUUCUUAAACGUUCUUGUUUAACGUGGCAUAUUUAUACUUCUACCUCCUCUAUGUUCCCCCCAAAGGGCCUUUUAUAUAUGUAUCCAUACCAGACCUGGCUUCAAAUACUAUUUAGAAUCUUUCAAAUACUUUGAUCCUUUGCUUUUAGCCUGUCUGGAAUGUGAGAUGGGCGGGGUUUGCAGUUUGCAAAUAUUCUAUUGGUUCCAUUGUGCCAGGCAAACAUGAUCAAGCCCAGCUAAAGGAUUUUAAGUUACUGUAUUUUGAAUAUACUGAACAAAAAUAAGCUCAAGAAGUGUUGGUCCUAUGUUUUAUGAGCUGAAAUAAAAGUUCCCAGAAAUGUUCCAUACGCACAAAAAGCUUAUUUCUCUCAAAUUUUGUUCACAAUUUUUUUUACAUCCUAGUUAGUGAGCAUUACUCUUUUGUCAAGAUAAUCAAUCCACCUGACAGGUGUGGCAUAUCAAGAAGCUGAAUAAACAGCAUGAUCAUUACACAGGUACACCUUGUGCUGGGGACAAUAAAAGGCCACUCUAAAAUGUUCAGUUUUGCCACAGAUGUCUCAAGUUUUGAGAGAGCGUGCAAUUGGCAUGCUGACUGCAGGAAUCUCCUCUAAAGCUGUUGUCAGAGAAUUGAAUGUUAAUUUCUCUACCAUAAGCCGCCUCCAAUGUCAUUUUAGAGAAUUUGGCAUUACGUCCAACCGGCCUCACAACCACAGACCAUGUGUAACCACGCCAGCCCAGGACCUCCACAUCCGGCUUCUUCACCUGCGGGAUCGUCUGAGACCAGCCACCUGGACAGCUGAUGAAACUGGGUUUGCACAACCAAAGAAUUUGUGCACAAACUGUCGGAAACCGUCUCAGGGUAGAUCAUCAGUAUGCUCGUCGUCCUCACCAGGGUCUUGACCUGACUGCAGUUUGGCGUCAUAACCCACUUUUGUGGGUAAAUGCUCACCUUCAAUGGCCACUGGCACAAUGGAGAAGUGUGCUCUUCACAGGUGUAUCCUGGUUUCAACUAUACAGGACAGAUAGCAGACAGCGUGUAUGGCUUUGUGUGGGUGAGCAGUUUGCUGUCAACGUUGUGAACAGAGUUCCCCAUUGUGGCGGGGGGUUAUAGUUUGGGCAGGCCUAAGCUACGGACAACAAACACAACUGCAUUUAUUGAUUGCAAUUUGAAUCCACAGAGACACCCUGAUGAGAUCCUGAGGCCCAUUGUCAUGUCAUUAAUCCGCCGUCAUCACCUCAUGUUUCAGCAUGAUAAUGCGCGGCCCCAUGUCUCAGGGAUCUGUACACAACUCCUGGAAGCUGAAAAUGUUCCAGUUCUCCCAUGGCCUGCAUACUCACCAGACAUCUCACCCCCUAUUGAGCAUCUUUGGGAUGUGUGUUCCAGUUCCUGCCAACAUUCAUCAACUUCCCCCAGCCAUGGAAGAGGAGUGGGACAACAUUCAUCAACUUCCCCCAGCCAUGGAAGAGGAGUGGGAUAACAUUCCUCUGGCCACAGUCAACAGCCUGAUCAACUCUAUGUGAAGGAGAUGUGUCACGCUGUACGAGGCAAACGAUGGUCACACCAGAUACUGACAGGUUUUCUGAUCCACACCCUUACUUUUUUAAAGGUAUCUGUGACCAACAGAUGCAUAUCUGUAUUCCCAGUCAUGUGAAAUCCAUAGAUUAGUGUCUAAUUUAUUUAUUUCAAUUGACUGAUUUCCUCAUAUGAACUGUAACUCUGUGAAAUCAUUGAAAUUGUUGCAUGUUGCGUUUAUGUUUUUGUUCAGUGUAGUGUUGGAACCCAGGUCUGAUCCAUACUCCUCUGUGACAUCAUGUGACAUCAUGUAUAUGCUGUGACAGCAAACAUGCUCUGAAAUACUCUUCAUGUCUCUCAAACAAUAAAACCUUCAUGAGUAA